AUGAACGUUUUAGACUGCACACCAAUGAACCGAAACAUGGAAUAUUACGAGAACAGACUGAAGACUUUCGAAACAUACCCGAAACAAAUGCUUCCAAAUAAGUAUGAGCUGGCAAGUGCCGGACUGUUUUACAGCGGAAAAUCGACGUAUGCGAAUGUUUUUAGAUGUCACGUGAAGUUGAGCGCUUGGGAAAGAUCAGACUGCGCAUUGAGGGAACACUUUAAAUGGUCUCCAAACUGCGAAUACAUAAGAAUAGUGGGAGCCCCUCAACAAAUACAGUAUAGUGGCUUUGGAACAAUAACAGCAACGAGACCAUCUGGUGGGUUUGGAGCGUUCAGUUCAACUACUACGGGGGCAAAUUUGUUUGCCAAUAAUAGAUGUAGUACAAAUAACCUACCAAACUUAUAA